GGAUUCUGAAUUUACGACUGAUACCACCGAGGAAAACUAGAAUAAUCCAGCCUUGCCUGAGUCAGCUGAUUCCAGCCGACUAAUCCGAUGGUGCAUCGAGCGCAGCUGGCCGACCUGGACUUAUCGGCGACGGAUGCGAUACGCUAUCAAUCAAAACUACUCGAUAGUUUUCAAUCAGUUCGUAAACAGACGGUCAAACUAUUUAAGUGGCAGCGCUAUCGAUGGGAUACUACACAGUCUAACCCCGAACGCCAUGGAGAAGUUACUCACCCCGGUCGUAGUGGCUGCGCUUAUCGGACUGGUUCACGCCGCUCCAUCGUCCGACGGCGGAACUCGAGCGUUUCAAGUGGACGAUGCAGACGCCCGGCUCACUGUUCCACAACUAAUCCAGAAGUAUAACUACCCUGUCGAAGUUCAUCACACCACAACCGAAGAUGGCUAUGAGUUGGAACUGCAUCGCAUCCCCAGCCUACCCGGAUCUCCGGUGGUUUUCCUCAUGCACGGAUUGCUGUGUAGCUCGGCUGACUGGGUCAUCAUAGGCACUAAUAAUGCCCUAGCCUACCUGCUCGCCGAUCUAGGCUAUGACGUGUGGAUGGGAAACGCCCGAGGCAACCGCUACUCUCGGCGACACGUCUCUCUCACUCCAAAAAUGCACGCGUUCUGGCAGUUCUCCUGGCACGAGAUAGGCUACUACGAUCUACCCGCCAUGCUCGAUUACACCCUCAACCAAACCAAUCAAAGCAAGCUGCACUACAUCGGCCAUUCGCAAGGAACCACCUCGUUCUUCGUGAUGGCAUCCACCCGACCGGAGUACAACGAGAAAAUCCACUUGAUGCAAGCCCUGGCACCCGUUGCCUUCACCGAACACGUGCGGAGUCCACUGCUGAGGGUCAUGUCGCGGUUCCAGAACUCGCUGACUGCCCUGUUCGACAUAUUCGGCGUUGGAGAGUUCCUUCCCAACAGGGCCAUUCUGAACGAAAUUGCCGAGCUGCUGUGUUCGAAGAGCGUCCAUUGGAAUCUAUGCUUGAACGUGAUUUUCCAGAUAGCUGGGGCCGAUCCCGAGCAGGUGGAGUUGCAAUCCGUCCCCAUUUUGAUUGGGCACAGUCCAGCGGGAGCGUCCACCAAACAGGUGGUGCACUUCGCGCAAGGUAUGCGCUCGCACCGCUUCCAACAGUACGACUUCGGGAAGAUCAAGAACCUGGCCGUGUACGGGAUGGCGCAGCCUCCGGAGUACAACGUGAGCGACAUCAGCGCACCGGUUGUGCUGUACUACGGGACGAACGAUUAUCUGGCUGAGGCGAGGGAUGUGCAGCGGUUGUCCGGCAUGAUCCGGAACCUGGCGGGAUGUAAGCAGAUGGAAGUAAGCACGUUCAAUCAUUUGGAUUUCCUCAUUGCUAAGGAUGUGAAGAGUCUGCUGUAUGAUGAUGUUAUUAGAAGGAUUCAAGAGUGGGUUGAUUGAAGUAAGUGCGAAUCUCGAAUAUUAUGCUGGAAUAAAGAUGUAUUUCUACAGUA